AGGUCGUGACGACGCUGACCUCUCAGCGCUCGGUUCCUGUCUGGAUUAACUCGCCCAGGUUGAACCAGGGGAGGUCCAACACCUGAACCGCCAAUGACACGGGCCUGUUGGGGCUGGAAAAGUCUCCUCUGGGUCCAUUUUUUUUUCUUUUCUCUUAAAUAUUACUUCUUUGAUUUAAUAUUCUUUAGUGCAAGUGCUCAGGGGAUGGUCCGGUCUAGUCGCCUUUUAGUGAAUGGGGUACCUGCCUGCCCAGCGUAUAUUAAUGCACCUCGAUGUCACCGAGCGCCUUCCGUCCAUUCACUCAACUUUCUCUCCCAAGCAACGAGGUCAUCGUUACCUGGACUGGACGGUCGUUUUCUGGUGGUUGUUUUCUUUCAUCUCUCUUUCCUCGGUUCACUCAUACCCCUUCUGCACAACUCUUUGCUAUUUAUUUAAUCCGGCUCUGAUCGCCUGUCCACACUCGUUCGUCGAGCAGUGUUAAUUCGCCAUGCAUUUCAAAUACGCCGCUCUCGCACUGUCUGCAGUGCUACCGUUCUCCUCGGCGCAGACCUACUCGGACUGCAACCCUCUUAAGAGUGGGUCCCUCUACAAUUGAAUUGCAUGCGCUCUUGCGAUAGGAACUAAUGUGGAACCUG